UGGUAAAACUACACUAACGCACAUUACGCAUGCGCAUGUCGGAUUCGUCAUUCAUCGUUCGCUGUGGCCGACAUCACGAAACCGUCAUUUUCUAAAAUCAGUUAAUUUUGUCAACGAAUUACCGCAUUACUAAUUAUAGAAAAUGCCGAACCAAGUGUUAACUAUAGAGCCACAAAAUGAACUCAAGUUUAAAGGGCUCUUUGAGCAGGGCUACACGACGUACAUGCGGCUGAUAAACCCGACCACUGAUACAGUCUUGUUCAAGAUAAAGACCACUGCGCCUAAGAAGUACUGCGUGCGCCCCAACUCUGGCGUGCUUGAACCAAACUCCAAAGUGGACAUAGCCAUCACUCCUCAGCCGGUGUUUGUUGACCCGAAUGACAAACACAAACACAAGUUCAUGGUUCAGAGUGUUAUUGCCCCCGAGGGCAAGACAAAUAUAGAUCAAGUGUGGAAGGAAACGAGUCCCGAUCAGCUUAUGGACUACAAGCUAAAAUGUGUAUUUGAAACGCCUCGCGGAACUAAUCUCAACGACGCCGGCGACGUCCCGGCGCAGAACGAAGUAUCUAAGAAACGAGUUGCGGUUGCAGAUGACGCGAAGGCUCCAUCAAAGGACGCCGUAGAAGGCCUAGUUCAAAACGAGCCUAAGAUCAAGGACGGUGCCCGCACAUCUGGACCUUUAAGUGAAAACGCGGUUUCUACGACUUUGUCUUUCCCCAAAUCGGAGAAUGCUGAAAGCGACUUGCAAAAAGCUACGUCAGAGGUGAUUCUUUUGAGGGAGGAGGAGAGCAAGCUUAGACAUGAAAAUCUACAGUUAAAAGAAGAGCUGCUGCGUCUGCGCCAAGCGGGAGGCGACGGUCGCGGCGCGGCGCGGCGCCACUCGUACGGGCCCGAGAAGCAAGCGCAGGCGGCCAUGAUGCCGUGGCUUGCCACCGCCGUCGCCAUGGCCCUGCUGGGCAUCAUCAUCGGCAAGUUCCUCAUGUGAACGGUAUCGUUGCCGCCGCGGUGACCGGACGCCUCACACUCACCGCUGUUACACCACUCCCAACGCCUCUUCCUCGCACAAGGCAGCUUCACCUUCGUUUAACGCCCCUCUGGCCAUGCUUCAGUCGAGAUAAGCUCCUGCCGAGAGCUGUGUGACUAUGCUAGACAAUCCCCUUCCAUGGAACAAUCGGUACGAUGCACCUGUUUUCAGCUACGAUUUCGUUCGCCUCAAGCAUAAGAGCCCGGAUUUCCCGACUCUAGAUUUAUAAAAUUCCACGACAUUGUUCAUUUAUUAUUGGUUUUCUUUUUGGAUCUAAUUAAGCAUUUGCUACCAAAACAUGUAUUGUAAAGUAAUCAUUUUUGUAAAUCAACCGUAUAAAUAGUAAGUGUUUGUAAAAAGAUUUAAUUGAUAGCUUCUCUUUAUGUGUAUUUGUGUCACAAUUGUUUGAUAUAGAGAGAUAUCUGUAAAGACUUUAAUAUUUAGAAAAUAUCGUGGAUGAGUGUGACAACGUCGCUGUACAUUUAGGAUUCGUAUUACAUUGAAGCAUUAUUAAAACUUAGAGUUAAUAUAAUGUACACUCUUGAGUAAUUCCGCUUUCAUAUUCGAAUAGUUAAUAAAUAUGUAGAGGUUUUAUAGCAUUCAUGGUAUACUGUAUAAAGUAGGACAGUUAUAAAAUUAAUUAUUCGUUAACGAGCAGACACCAAAUAUUUUCCAAGAGGUUUGCCGAGGGAGCGCUUGGUAUAUACAAUAUUAAAAACACGGUCUUAUUCAUAAAAAGGUUUUAAGGUACUUUGCUUAUAACAUGUUUGUAACGUUUUAGCUAGAAGUUUAUUGAGAAAAUGUGAUUUUGAGUUUACUGAAGCUCUUAACCUUUUCGACGCCGUGUCAAACACAAAAGCUGUCACUCGGACGCCACGCUACCGAAAUGUCAAAACUGAAAUUGUACUUUAUGCAUAUACACGUAGGUCUAUGUUGCUUGGUCUGUGACCGAUUAAUCGGUCUUUGGCGUUGGACCUGCGGUGCGGAUAUAUCGGUCAUUGGCGUCCAAAAGGUUAAGGCUAAUUUAUAGGCGUGGCGACAUAGGGAGCCUCAUCAUAUGGUUAUGUCAUAAUUUAUAUCUAUAUCAGCGUUUUAUGAAUAAGGCCAGUGGAAUAUGUUUCUUAAUUCGUCGAUGACUUACCUCGAAAAUUACUACGCCGUGCGUGCGAUAAAGAGAUGUGUGAACGUAUGUAUAUCAUAAAAUACUGAAUGGGCAUACUCCAGAGUUUUAUUAGAAUAAAUAUGUCACUAAAGAAAUAUCAACGGUUAAAAUAUUAAUUAAUUAUAAUACUAAUAAACUAGUUUUUUUACUAAACAGUUUACCAUUACUAAAGCGAGUUUAUGAAACAAUCGUGGUUACUUAUUCAUACAUUUACUUCACGAAAUUUUUGCCCAUCCAGUAUUUUUUCCUAUUCGCUAACCAUACAGUCACUUAUGGUUACCACCAAUUGAACCCAAUGCAAAGCUGAUAAUGAAUACAAUCUGAUUGUUAAUAUCGCUAACUUGAAAAAUGAUAUUUAAAAUGAUUGUCUGAUACCUAAAUUUAAUUACUUCCUUAUAAGAUCAAUGAUGAAUACCUACUGUAACGGUAUUUUUGUUAUUCAAGGGCACCAUGUUACCCUAAAUUAUAAAACAUUAUUUACAAAGUAAGGAAUCUUUUGUAAUUUAGAUAAAUAUUAUACAUGAUGUUUGAAAAGUCAUCUGUAUAUUUAAACAUACAGCAACAUACAGCGAUAACAGUAAAAACCAGUAAAAUGGCUAAUUGUACUCUCAGUGUUUGUUCCUUCCUUUAAUUAUGUAUGGCAUUUGACAACCAGUCUAAACUUAUUGUUGAUAUAUCAAGAGCAGUGUACCUCCUUAGGUAAGGAAUACGAUAUCAUUAUUUCUCGUUUUGUUGAUAUUCUCUACCUCUAACUGACUGUCAAAGGCGAUUGAGAGGUUGCCAAUUCUAUUUGUUUAAUAAUAAGAUGAAGUUAGCGGAAACAAUAACAUCACGGUGUAUAAGUGAAGGCGUCCCAGCCGCCUACCUAUCUUUUGUGCACCAAACGUGUUUCUUUAACAAUAAAAAUCCGAGAGCUUGCCUGACUGUAUUGAGGAGGCUUAAGUAACUAAGUAAACAAGUUACUUAAGCCUCAGUCUCAUAUGACGUAUUUUUGGUUUGGUUUAUAUACCAAAAUAGACCUAACGCGUUGACAAUAGAGUCAUUUCAGAUAUGAAUGAGCAACUUGUUCACCAUUUGUCAUGAUAUAUCUGAUGGCGACGGUAUGUCGGUCGUUUGACUAGGCGCAAGAUUAAAAAAAAAGGUAAUUUCUAAAAGGAAGGUAAAACUAUUUUUUUUGUAUUGUCUAGUGUAAGUAGUGUGCACGUUGUAUUAGGGUGGACCAACCUAUUUUUGUCACUCGUUGCCAUGAUUACGUUCUCCGGGGUCAUUCCAUGGUCUUAUAGCAUAUAAAUUCGUUAUGCAUUUUUGUUGUAGAUAUAUUUCCUUUCCAUAAUAAGCCAGUAUGUUAGUCGAAUGCGGAACAACAUUUCAUCUAGAAAACUGCUAUGUUUGUCUCUUGGCCGACGCGACAGAAAAACGACAAGAAAUAGUUGAUCCACCCAUAAACAACCUUACUUUUAACUGGGCUUAUCACAGAAAUGCGGCUAGAUGACUGAUAUUUAAGUUCUUGAUGUUUGCGGCUCGUAAUUUUUAGCGAAAGCAUUGUAAGUAAUUAUUCUAACUAGUAGGGUAAAACCUUACAUCUGCAACCCUCCAACUGUUAUUAUGAACCAUGUCUCUAGGAAAUAGCGAUGACCAUGUUGCAAAACAUCAUACGAAUUACUUACUGCUAUUUUACAUGUUGAUUAAUGGGUUUUACCCUAAUCGUUGAUUAUUAUUCAUAAAGUACGAUUUUUUCCAAAAAUUAUUGCUAUCUGUAAAGCUUUUGGAUAAACAUACCAUGAAGCAAAUAACUAGCAUCCCUUUACUUUGUCAAAGCGGAGUCACGCAGUAUUUUCCCAAUUGCUCUAGUCUUUACUUUUAAAAUUACAACGAAUUUUAGGUAACACAGUAUUAAGCUGCGGCGUACUCAUAUCGCACCUCAUAUUUGACUGAACGAUUGCAUACGUCGCAGAAUACCAGUGAAUUGCCUUGGCAAAUCGGUGGACGGAGGCCUGUUUGAUGACGAGUGCACGCCGCGGGAGGGAGCAGCCGGUGAGGAUCUUUACUUGCUUAGAUAAGCUAUUUAGACAUGAAAGCAACCGGUCGGUGUCCGGACUUUUAAUAUUUAAUGUUAUUUAUUUUUGGUCAAAGCAAUUAAUGGUUAUAGUUUGGCCAGUCGCGGAUUUUGGGUCAGACUUUAAUACUAGAAUCUGACAGGAUAAUCUGUAGGUUUGGUAACUGAUGAAUUGCUUACCAGGUACCACGGUCGAUUGGGUCAUUUGGUGUCGCCUAUGUUCAUGAAAUUAUUUGUGUUGUAACGCCACCUGAUUAUUACCUAAUCCUAGUAUUCUAAAAUGUCAUGUCAACGCCCUUGAUUGUAGAUUUGUGUCGGUAUAUUUAGGAAGUAUUCUCUCUUGUUUUCAUAAUGCAUUUUUAUUUUUAGUUAUCUGGCGUAAAUUAGAUAUUGUUUUUUUUUACUCUGACAGAUUAAAACUUUAAAAUGUCGUUGUUUUUAAGCUUUUGUAUACCUAAUUCAAAUUAGAUGUGGAAAUUGCAAAAAAUAGAAUGAAUAAGUUAAGCACUUUUACUAAAAAGACAAACUAGAAUCUUUCGUUUAACUAGGUUAAAUAAAAACUUGUUACCACAACUUCCUGUUUGAAGGAACUGUAUACAACAAGUUGAAGCUGGUUGGUGAAAGCAACUAUCACCAGCUACUGCUUGUCAGGCAGUAGGUACUCGGCUUGUUAAACGUUUUAAUCAUUUGGUGUAAGUGAUUGUGUUAUUACUUAAUAAUAUGUAAUGUAGUGUAAUUACCGAUUGCAUAAUUGUUUACAUCGUUACGGGCGAACACCUGAGCCCGCGAGCCACACAGACUGUCGACGGGCAUGCUGCCGGCUACUCGUGUGUACAGCACACAGCGCACAGCUCGGUGGUAAUGCUUGCCUGGUCUGCACAUUUACGCUCGGCGGUCUGUUUGUGCCCCUUAACUUGUUUUUAUGUCUGAUUUAAUAAUAUAUUACCCAUAUUAUUCAAUUUAAUUCCACUGUUAGAGCUUUGCCUCCUAUUUUUUUGAGAGAUGAUUAAUUCAUUGGGAAAAGGUUAUUUUAAUGUCAUUUGUUUUAUUUUUUAAUUUAACGGAGACUAUAGUUUAAUUAAAAUAUCCGUAUGGUAUUGUUGUUAUACUAUUAUGCUAUAUUGUAUCGUUUUCUGAAAUAAAAUACUUAAUUUACGAUA